AUGAAGAAGUGGGACAGGCACCUUUAUUUGUUGAACCUUGAUAAUAAGAAGGGGGCUGAUUUUGAUUUUAGAGAUUGGACAGCCAGGGCCAAGUGGUUUGAAAACUGGGUACCUGAGGAUUGGAAACUUAGUAAAAAUGACUAUGCUAGGCAGAUCAGGGAGAUCGUCCUGAGCGUGGUGCUGGCCGUGGCAGUGGCGAAGCCCGGAUACCUGGGCGCUGGACUGCUGGGUGCUGGUCUGGCAGCCCCGGCCAUCGCAGCCGCCCCCAUCGCCGUGCCGGCGAUCCCGCAGCCCCCCGCCAACAUCAUCAUCGGACCUGGUGGUGUGCCCCUGGACACCCCUGAGGUGGCGGCAGCCCGCGGCGCCCACCUGGCCACCGUAGCUCAGACGCGGGCCCGCGACGCCAUCAUCAACUCGGCCGCCAUCCUCGCCGCCCCCGCCGCCAUCGCUGCCCCCGCCGCCAUCGCCGCCCCCGCCGCCAUUGCCGCCGCCCCCGCCUACGCGGUCGGUCCCCCCGCGCUGAUCGGCGGCCUCGCCCCCUCGAUCGCCGCCCUGGGCCCAGCGGUGGCUGGCGCCCCUGGAGCCCUGGCUGCUGCCGCCCACUUGCAGGCCAAGGCUGCCCUGCUGGGCUGA